AUGGCAAUUGAUAAUGAAGCCACCACAACUCCUACAGUGAUUGAUCAUCCCCAUCCUCUGUGCCUGCAGGCGUGUGAUACUCCAGGUAACAAUCUAAUCUCAUUUCUCCUAACAGGUCCAGAAAAUUGUGCAAUUUGGAGUAGAUCGAUGAGAAUUGGACUGCGCACACAAGUUUGGACUGAUUUGAAGGAACGACUAGAUAAGGUUGACGGAUCUAGGGUGUUUCAUCUACACACAGAAAUUAAUCAUCUCACUCAAGGUACUUCCUCUAUAUCGAGUUACUUCUCGAAGAUGAAGGUGCUUUGGGAAGAAUUCGAUGCCCUCAUGCCAUGUCCUGGUUGUGAAUGUGCUGAAUCAAAGAAAUAUGUUGAACAUUUUGAGUAUCAACGUUUGUUACAGUUCUUAAUGGGGUUGAAUGAGUCCUACAGCCAAUGUCGAAGUCAGAUCAUGAUGAUGACUCCCACUCCUAGCUUGAACAAGGCAUACUCGAUGGUGAUCUCUGAAGAGAGUCGAAGAUCUCUAGGCAAAUCAGUUCAUAUGGGGGAAUCCAUGGAUGGGAUAGCAUUAUUCAAUAAUCGAGUGACUGGCAAUCAUCGAAAUCCAGGAAACAAUUUUAGGGAUGCAGACAACAACUUCAAACCAAGGAGGACUAAUGAUUUGUAUUGUGAAUUCUGCCAUAUGAGAGGGCACUCAGUGGACAAAUGCUGGAAGCUACAUGGUUAUCCUCCUGAUUCACAAGGGAAGAGAAGACCAGCAGGAACAAAUGGAGGAGGAAACCGACCAGCAGGAACAAAUGGAGGAGGAAACCGACCAGCAGGAACAAAUGGAGGAGGAAACCGACCAGCAGGAACAAAUGGAGGAGGAAACCGACCAGCAGGAACAAAUGGAGGAGGAAACCGACCAGCAGGAACAAAUGGAGGAGGAAACCGACCAGCAGGAACAAAUGGAGGAGGAAACCGACCAGCAGGAACAAAUGGAGGAGGAAACCGACCAGCAGGAACAAAUGGAGGAGGAAACCGACCAGCAGGAACAAAUGAAGGAGGAAACCAUCCCACAAGGUACAGGCCAACUGCUAACAUAGUUGCACAGGGGGAUCCACAAAUACAACAUGCUCUCUAUGCUCGUGAGAAGGAACACACCUGCUCGAACAACCAGCUGAAUGACACUGAUGCAAGUCGCAACAAUGGUAUCAUGUUCACUCAAGAUCAGUAUGAUCAAUUACUGAAGCUGAUCAACAAAGACUGUACUACAUCUGAGAAACAUGUAGCAGGUAUACUUUAUUCGUUUCUAGCAACACAUGAAAUUGCUUAUGAUAAAUGGAUAGUUGACUCAGGGGCCACUAAUCACAUGAUACAUGAUAAACAUAUGCUUAAUGAGACUACAAUAGCAGACAACAUACCUUCCAGUAAGGUUUAUUUACCAGAUGGUAAUGCCCUUGAAAUUGCAUGUAUUGGUUCAUGCUCCUUGGGAGGUGGAGCAGAACUUACUGAUGUCUUAUGCAUACCAAACUUCCAAUACAACCUGCUAUCAGUUUCAAAACUGACAAAGGAUCUGAAGUGUUUUGUCACUUUUUAUCCUAACCUAUGCAUUAUGCAGGACCUUCACAGUGGGAAAGUGAAGGGGAUUGGUAAGAUGUGUGAUGGCUUAUACAGGAUGCAAUUGCAAGUGAAAGACUACCAGCAGGCAAUGGCAGCAACUGCAACUGUAGACUCAAGACCAAUUGGUACAAAUACAGACUUAAAAACAUGGCACAACAGAUUGGGACAUGCUCCUGACAAAGUCCUGAUGAAAAUUCCAAAUAUGAAUUUUAGCACAAGUAGUAGCAACAUCAAAGAAUGCACCAUUUGUCCACUAGCCAGGCAGAGAAGACUAUCUUUUCCUGUUAAAACUACUAGAUUUACUUCUCCUUUAGAAAUGAUACAUGCUGAUGUUUGGGGCCCUUAUAGGGUUUGUAAUCAUGAUGGUAGUAGGUUCUUUCUUACCCUAGUCGAUGACUAUACUAGGAUGACAUGGAUUUUUUUGUUGAAACUCAAAAGUGAUGUAAUUGUUGUUUUGAAACAAUUUAUUCCUCUAAUUCAGCAUCAGUUUGGAGCAACUGUUAAAGUGUUUCGAAGUGACAAUGGAUCAGAAUUUUUUAAUUCUGAUUGUGAUGCAUUGUUUAACUCUUGUGGUAUCAUUCAUCAAAGCUCAUGUGUUUACACUCCGCAACAGAAUGGUUUGGUUGAGAGGAAACACAAACACAGUUUGGAAGUAGCUAGGGCAAUCAGACUCCACGGUCAUUUGCCUCUGAAAUUUUGGGGUGAAUGUGUUCAAAAUGCUGUAUAUGUCAUAAAUAGACUCCCUUUAUCUGUCUUGAAUGGUAAAUCAGCUUUUGAGUUGUUAUAUGGGAGACCACCAUCUCUCCAACACAUGAGAACUAUUGGAUGCUUGUGUUUUGCUACUGUUGUUCCUGGAGGUGACAAAUUUGGUCCUAAAGCUAUUGGGGCAGUUCUCAUGGGCUACUCUGCUACUCAGAAAGGCUACAGACUUUACAGUCUGUUAACUAACCACUUCUUUGUUAGCAGGGAUGUACAUUUUCAAGAAUCUAUAUUUCCUUUUCAGCUGCAAAAGUCUGGUCAACUUCACAUAUUUCCAAAUGGUGUUAUUAACACUGAUACAUCACCUACUGCUGUCGUUGUCCCAGCUUCUUUGCCUCUUGAUAAUGUUGCAUCUGGUCUAAUUUCCUCUCCUGAGGUGACUCUUCCUCCAACACCUCAUGCUGGUCCCAUUCAUCCACAUAAUCUGGAAGCCAGAAGAUCAACAAGGACUAAGACACAACCUUCUUGGAUGCAGGAUUAUGUCUGUACAUCCAUUCCUUCCAGCGGUGUUUCAAAUGCAUGUCUUUAUCCCAUGUCUUCUCACUUGUCCCAUACAUGCUUGUCUGGUCCAUAUCAGUCUUUCUUGUCUAAGAUGACUGCCUUGCGAGAACCAUCUUGUUAUGCUGAAGCUUCUUUGGAUCCUGACUGGGUGUUGGCCAUGGAUCAAGAACUUCAGGCCUUGAAGGAUAAUGAGACCUGGUCCUUGGUUGAUCUACCUCCUGGCAAGACUGCUAUUGGCUGUAAAUGGGUUUUUAAAAUCAAGUACAAGGCUUGUGGUGCUGUUGAAAGAUACAAGGCUAGGCUUGUGGCAAAAGGGUAUAACCAGAAGGAAGGUUUAGACUAUGUGGAGACUUUUUCACCUGUGGUCAAGAUGGUUACUGUCAGGGUGGUACUUGCUCUUGCUGCUGCUUAUAAUUGGUCUCUACAUCAGCUUGAUGUCUACAAUGCCUUCUUGCAAGGGGAUCUUCAAGAAGAAGGAUUUAUGCAGUCUACAGACUUGUUUCUCCCCCUGACUGGAAAAUCCCUGUGGAACAUGCAUAUAUACUUCUUCGUGAAGAUCCCCUUGCAAGAAGGCAUUGUAGACAUCAAGCUGAUGAAGAGACCAGUUAUGAGCAGCAACAAGAGCAAGUACCACCCUGACAGUAACCAUCUUGACCACAGUUUUAGAUUUCCUCCAUUAAUGGAAGUCACUGCAAUGUUUCUGAAUUCUAACAUGGUAUCAAAGCAGUCUACUGAAUUAACAGGUUUCUGUGAUGCUGAUUGGGCCACAUGUCCUAUCUCAAGAAGGUCUGUUACAGGCUAUGUAAUGAAGCUUGGGGAAUCAUUGAUAUCUUGGAAGGCAAAGAAACAAACGACUGUAUCUAGGAGCUCAGCAGAAGCAGAGUACAGAAGCAUGGCAGCAGGUGUAUCAGAAAUUCUAUGGCUAAUUGGUUUGUGUAAAGAGUUGAAUGUAAAUGUGCAACUCCCAGUUAUAUUACACAGUGACAGCAAAUCAGCAAUUCAAAUUGUGAACCACAACAAUCUUCCUGGCUGUAGACAGCAAUGCCCUGGAAGUAUAGAGAAUUUUAAACGCCCAACGCCAUCUCUUCCUGGCGGGGGACGUUAA